AUGACAUCACGAGCAGCAAUUCGCCGCUUCCGACCGGCGAACGUCGUAGCAGCCGUCGCGGCCGGCGGCAUCGGCUUGGGUGUCAUGUCAAAGCUUCUCGUGGGAAAUGCGUCCGCGGAAUCGGGUGCGCCGCCAAAUGUCUUUGGCGCGGGGCCAGCAUUCGUAUCAUUGCCCCUGGAGAGCUCGGAGAAGGUCAACCACAACACGAAACGUCUGCGAUUCAAGCUACCGCAAAGGGACGCCGUUAGCGGGCUCUCGUUGACAUCGGCUGUCCUCACAAUGUCAUGGCCCGAGGGUCGAUGGUUUCCCGUCGCAAGACCUUACACGCCCAUUCAGCCCCUGGAUGAUGCCGGCUACCUGGAACUCAUGGUAAAGAAGUACCCUGAUGGUAAACAGAGCACACAUCUCCACUCCCUGACACCAGGCGAAACGCUGCUCUUCGCUCUGGCGAUCAAGGGUCACCAGUGGAAGCCCAACAGCUACUCUCACGUUACCAUGAUUGCAGGCGGCGCGGGUAUCACGCCGAUCUACCAGCUGUCCCAAGGCAUCCUUCGCAACCCGCAGGACAAGACGGCCGUGACGCUCAUCUUCGGCAUCAACUCAGACCAGGACGUUUUGCUCAAGGAGGAGUUUGAACAGUUUGAGAAGGAAUUUCCCGGGAGGUUCAAAGCUAUUUAUACCGUCAGCAAUCCCAUGCCGAACUCGCCAUUCAGAAAGGGCUAUGUGACGAAAGAGUUGCUGCAGGAAGUCGGCGCAGUACCGAAGGGCAUUGAGACCAAGGUGUUUGUGUGUGGCCCGCCGGCGAUGGAGGCGGCGCUGGUUGGAAAAAGAAGCGCGCCGGGUGUGCUGCAACAAGUUGGGUACCGAAAGGAUCAAAUCCAUAAGUUUUAA